CGAUAUUUCAGGUAAUCCAAAGGGCAUGUCUAUUGAGGUAGACGAGGGAAGACUACCGGUUCAAUGCACCAGAAAAUACUCACAAUCGUUACGAAAUUAUAAUGAUAUUCUAAAGAACACUCCAUAUCACACGAAACCAAAAACGAACCAUUUUGAUGGUCCUCACAUUCAUGAAAUGUACAGAAUAUUAUGGAUAAAACACAUUGUAAAUUACGAUCUCACCUUUAAAGUGCUGACAGCAUUGUUAUGUAUACCCUCGACUUCACUAUUUCAAUGA